AUGGAAGAUGAUGAUACUUCUGCCUAUCAAUUUGGAGAGUUUAUUUCAUCGUAUGCUUUUCCUCAGAGCAUUCAUACCAUUGAAUUGAAUACAACGAUGGAUAUCUUGUUGGUGAAUAAUUUUCUGUAUAGAAUUCCGAGUAUGGAGAGGCUUUUGAUGAUCGAGCACUCUAGUGAUGAGAGAAUUAAAUUUAGUCCAUGUGGAGAAUAUAUUAUUAAAAUUAAUCAGGUGGAUAAUCAUAUGAAAAUGUAUCAUAUUGAUAACAAGUUGGAGGAAAUUCAAGUCAAUAAUAAUUCUAUUGUGGAUUUAAUGUGCGAUGAAUUAAUUUAUGAUAUUGAGUGGAUUAAAUUGGAAAAGACAAGAACUGAACAUUAUUUGGAUACUUUUCUGAUAAAGUUUGAUCCGAACCAUAUGGCUGUUUCGGGAGCUAUGGAACAAAAUCAACAGAAUCAGCAGCAACAACAAUUAGAGCCAACAUCAUGUAUCAAAUUUGAAACUAGUAAGAAUUUAUUGAUUUUGUAUCUGAAAAAUCAAUUACUAGAUAAUAAUUAUUCAGCACUCUUAUUGUUGAAUGGUAAAUUACCUAUUAUGAGACUCAAGUCUUUGGACCAUAUUAAAAAGGUGAACCACAAGAAGGAUUUGAAUAUUGACAAGUUUGGAAAAUCAUUAAAUAUUUUGCCAAUUCUAGAGAAUGUUAAUGAAUGUAGGAAAGAUAUCACUAAAAGUUGGAGUGACUUCUUUGCCAACUCUGUAUUUGUAAAACUAGAACAUUUGGAUAUUUUUGAAUUGAUAUCUACACGUUUGAAUUAUAUUAAUAUGGAACUGUUUGCAAGCGUUGAAGAAGCCUUUUAUGCUAAAUUGUUAAUCUCUUUCAAUCAUAUUAUUGAUAGAAUUGAUAAUGGAUUUAGUUUGAUAUUUUCAUAUUUGGAAUAUUUAAUAUCCAAUCUGAAUGACUUGGACUUACAAGAAUUAUUUUUACUAGUCAAUGAUUACUAUUAUGAAUGGAAGGUUAAAGUUUGUGAAAAUAUCAAAUCUAUACUAAUUUGCCUUUCCGAUAUUCAAUCACAAAAAUCAAACAUUAAUCCAAACGUUGAAUCUAAUUUCAAGUUUUACAAUUUUGACAAAUUUAAUCAAAGUAUUGAAAGUUUACAAAAAAAGAUAUUGAACUCCCAUUACUUUAAUGUCAUGGAGGUAUUAGAUGCUCAAAAACAUCUCAAAUUCAACUAUGAAUAUUGUAAAAAUUCAUCUGAGCACUACUAUUAUGUGUCCGAUAAUACGCUCUACAUUUUCAAUGAUACAUUAGAGGAUAGACAGGAACCAAUUCAAAUUGUUUGUGGAUUGGCCGAUGAAACAGUCGACGAGGUCUAUCUCUACAAGGAGAAUCGUUUCAUUGUCAAGACUCCACACACCAUCCUCUAUAUUGCCGACAAUAACAUUGUCAAAUAUCUACAAUUCGAAGAUGAAAUUACCAAAUUUACAAUCUCAACGAUACUUAGAAAAGGUUCCACUGCCUCACUCUACCGUAACAAGUUAUCAUCGGCGAGUCUCAAUAAUUCAAUAUUAAGCAAUAACAGCAGCAAUAAUAGUAGCUUGAAUUUGAAUUCUUCAUCAUUGCCAAAUAAGAAGCAACAACAAUCCAUUCCCUCUCAUCAGAACACUUCUUCAAUAGGCUCCAAUAAGGUUAAUUAUCAUCCGGUUUCACUUGUGCAAAUACCAGCGUCAACACUACCUCCAACAGUUUCGAUUCAGUUAGCCCCAACUUUUGAAAAGAAUAAGGAUAUUAAGAUUUCUCUCUCAUCAAAAUCACUCUCUAAUUCUUCACAAUUUGGUAAUAAUCAACAAGUUAAUCAACAACCAAAGAGUAAGGAUCAAAGUUUUCAUGCCUCAAAAUUAUAUUCUGAUAUUUUGGAAUCGUCCCUACAAUCAAUUUAUCAACAUUCAUCAUUGCAAGAACCAAAUCCACCGACGAUUGCUUCAUCAAUUAGUGGAUUGGAUUACAUUAAGGACUUGUAUAGUAAUAAUAAUAGCUUUGUUUUGGAAGAUUCAUCACAUUUGAAUAAUAGUAUUGAUAAUCAAGUACAGGAAGAGGAACAAUCAAAUAAUAACAAUAAUUCACAUACUAACAGCUCACUGGUUUUGGAAACAAUCAAGCAGGAUAUUAAUGGUAUUGAUGAGCUGAUUUUGUUUUCACCACUUUCUGGUAUGAAUGAAACAACUUGUUUUGAUAUUGAUUUGAGCAAUGAAAGUGGGGAUGAUUUGUUCGAUUCUCUUAGUUAUUUGAUAAAUUACAAAAACAUUAAUUUAUUGAAUCUAAGCAAUUGUCAUCUCAAAUUUAACACGCUUUCACUUCCAUUCAAAGAAAUUAGACUAAUCAAAAUAUUAGACCUUUCAAAUAAUGGAUUGGUUUGCAAUGAUAUCAAGUGUUUAUGCGAAAAUCUCAAACAAAGUUCAACUCUUCAAGAGUUAAUACUUUCCAACAAUUUAAUCUCAAAUAAGGGUAUUGUUUCAAUUGGAAAAUAUCUAACUGAAAAGAAUAACUUGAAAAAGCUUCAUUUGAAAAACAACAGGUUCACAGCUCUUGGGUGUAAAGCUCUUUGUUAUGGAAUGAUGCUUAAUACCAAUUUGAUAUACUUGAACUUAUCGAACAAUAAUCUUCAAGGUAAUAACCUUGGAGAUUUUAUCACUAAAAAAUUAUUCAGCAGCUUGUCUGUCAAUUCAAGUAUUCACACUAUUUAUUUGAAGAAUAAUGGAAUAACGGACGAAUGUACAAAUACUAUUAAUUUAUGUCUCAAGAACAACAGUAAAUUACUUUAUUUGGAUUUGAGCCAGAACAAGCUCAGUUCUCGCUCAAUAUUUCUCCUAACUGAAACUUGCAAAAUAUUCAAGAAGAAUAUUGUAAUCUUGACAAAAGAUCAAAUAGUUUCCAAUGAGAAUGACCAAGAAGAGGAAGAAACUCAUUCUACUUAUUCCUGUGCUGAUAGUGGGAGAACAGAAUUAUUGCAAUUACAAGACCAUUACGGCUCAAUUCCAACACAACAGAAUAAGGUUCAAGUAAUUGAGGAGGAAAUGACCUCUCCUGAAUCAAUCUCAGUAGCAGAUAUAGCCAACACAUCAGAUAUUAUUUCAGAACACAGUGAACCAUCCUAUCCCUACUUUGAUAUGUUGAUGAACGUUCCUCACAUUGAAGUUAAGUUACCUAUUUAUUAUGAUGAUGAGCAAGAGGAGGAACUAGCUGCUACAGACCACAAUGACGAGGAUGGUGCACCUUGUGAUGGAUCAGUUCUUAUAGAAUGUGAAGAGGAAAUUGAUGAGGAGGAUCAAUGUUUCAAUGAGGAUGAUAUUGUUGGAACUUUUUUAUCCAAUCUGUCUUCCAAUUAUCCAUAUCUAAAUGGUGCAUCAUUACUUUCUGUGAAUGAGAGGGCUCAAGAGAUUGUUUAUUCAGAUUCUGAAACUCAAUCUGAAACAGACCACAAUGAAACAACAGUUCCAAUGAAUGACAAUUUGGAAAAUUUAUUGCUUGAUAACAAUUCUUUCCACAACCUUCUUGAAACAACUGGUAGUGACUUUAACACCAGUUCAUUAUCUUCGACCUCUCACCAACCAAAGAACAUCAACAAACCUCUUGAAAAGAUCGAUGGUGUCGUACAAAAGCAAAAGCACAAGACACCAACUGUUGAUGAAUAUGAUGGGGAAAUUGGAGAUCGUUCGAAAUUAUUAGACAAAAUUUUAGCAGCUAACCAAGUGGAGACCGAUGAGCUGGCUGAAGUUGUUGAUGAGGGUGAUUGGAUUGAAUUAAAGAAAAAGAAGAGAAAACCUGUUAAAAAGCACACCAGACUGGCACACAUUAUGCAAAUAGCACCAGGACUUCACGUCAUGAGAAGACAAAUAUUAACAAUAUUAUUUCAAUUGGAAAUUGAAAAUGGUAAAUUAAAAUCAAUUCCGGCGCAGCGAAUUGCUAGAGCAUGUAAAUUUGUAAUUAAAGAAUCACCUAAACUUAAUAAUGAACUUAGGUACUUUGAUGAUAGAUUUAGAAAUUGGCAAAAACCAAUACGAAAUAUGAAUGAAUUGAAGAUGACAAAAGCUGCACUUGAAAGAAUCACUAUUUACAUUGAGAAAAAGUUGGAGAAUAUGUGUAGAUGGGGAUGGGUGAUAACUAUGGCCAAAAAGCACCGGACUCUUUAUGCAGAGAGUUUCCUCACUGGCAAAGAAUUAAUGGAAGGAAAAUAUGAUAUUAAUAAGAGCGUCAAUUUUAAUGCUCUUGCCAGGAGGUAUAAUUUCUUUACACCAGAGGAGGAGGCUUUGGAGAAACGAGUGGAGGCGUCUGGUCUUAAUAGUAUCGAUCAAGUCUUUUCAAUUUUGGAGAAUGCUGAUAUUACCAAUCCUGAUUCCAAUUUGUUUGCUUUAACACAUUUGGAUAAUGCUCUCAAAAAGCCUCAAGUGAUGGAGAGAUUAACUAACACUGGUGGUGAAUUUAUUGCUCGAUUGAAGCAAGAACGAGAUCAACAACGGGCACAAGAACAAAGAAAUCGACAAACACGUGCUAAUUCAAAUAUAAACCAUUCCGAUGAUGAUGAUGAUGAUGAUGAUGAAUCAUUCAGUAUGGAAGAAGAAGAGCCACCAAAGAAAUCCUCAAAGAAAAGGAAGAAACUAGAGGAAGACGAUGAUGAUGAUGAUUCUUUAUCAGAAGUGGAAGAGCCUCCCAAGAAACCAAAGAAAUUAUUUGCAUCAUCAUCUCCUAAACCAUUAGUAGUAGCCCAGAUGUUAAAGAAAGCAUCUUCUAAAUCAUCGAAAGAGUCUUCAUCAAAGAAAUCCUCUUCAUCAUCAUCUUCCUCUUCUAAACCAUUAGUAGUAGCCCAACAAGCAAAGAAAUCAAAGAAAUCUUCUGAUUCUGCAUCUGCAUCAUCAUCUUCUAAUCCACAACCAGCAGUAGCUGAACCAGCAAAGAAAAAGAAGAAGAAGAAAAAGAAGAAACAAAGUGAUGCAUCUGCAACGCCAGCAGUAGUAACACCACCAAAUAAUUCCUCAAAGAAAAGAAAGAAUCAAAAUGAUAAUGACAUAGCUCAACCUUCAUCGAAGAAAUCCAAAAAAUCCUCUGAUUCUUCUGCAACUACUCAAGUAGCUCCUCAACCUUCAAAGAAAUCCAAACAAUCCUCUGAUUCUUCUAAACCUUCUAAACCAUUAGUAGCAGCCCAACAAUCAAAGAAAGCAAAGAAAUCCUCUGCACCACCUUCUAAACCACCAGUAGCCGAGUCUUCCACAAACCCAUCACAAGGUGAACCAGCAAAGAAAAAGAAGAAGAAGAAGAAGAAAAAGAAGUAA